AUGUUUAACUCAACAAAUGAAGAGCUUCUUCCUGAGUAUCUAAAAUAUUCAAAUGAAAGUACAGAUUCUUUCAAUGCGCAAAUGGCACGUCCAAAUUGGGUGAAUAUCUCAAGUUUAGUGCCAUUAGAUUGGGCGAUUCCCUUGUAUGGUUACAUGAUGCCAUUUCUCGUCAUCAUCACAACAAUCACCAAUUGUUUCAUCGUGAUCGUGCUUUCACAGAAACACCUCCGAACGCCCACAAAUGGAGUGUUGUUAGCGAUGGCGAUUACUGAUUUGAUGACAGGUUUAACCUCAAUCCCUUGGUUUAUCUACUAUUACACAUUGAAAGGGUACGCUAUCGACCAGGUAUACGGAAUGGAUAGAUUUUCUUGUUUUGCUUUUCGAUAUCUCUUCGAUUCGAUUCCAUCAGUUCUGCACACCACUGCAACCUGGCUUACCGUCUUUUUGGCUGUUCAACGAUAUGUUUACGUCUGUGUGCCGGAUUCAGUUCAUUUCUAUUGCACUCCACGGACAACGAGAUGCGCCAUAAUCAUGAUUUUCUUUCUUUCAUUUAUCACUGUUUUGCCGGAUCUAUUGUCAAAAGAGUUCUCAUUUUUACGGCCAAAUCAAGCACCGAAUCCUUUCCAAAAGCGGAUGUGCAGUUAUCAAUAUUACAAAUGGGUGCAAGUGAUCGGGAUACCCGUUUACCAUUCGGUUUAUCGAUGGGUUCGAGCGGUGAUGCAUUUCAUCCCAUGCACUCUACUAUUGGUGUUCACCUAUAAAUUGGGCAAAACAAUCAAAAAGGCCGAAAUUCGAAAGAAGAGUUUUGUCGUGUGUCAAGACGGGAAUGAUCGAAAAGUGUCGACCGUUUCGAACAAUGGAAGAAGUCUUUAUGCGACGAAUCGAAUGCUCUCCGUCAUCUGCUCUGUGUUUCUGAUUUUGGAGAUUCCCGCCUCAGUGAGCUUCGUGAUUCAUUUUUUGGUCGGCUCAAGUUUCGCCUUAGCCGAUCAAAAGAUUUUCGUCAGUGACAUCCUCAACAGAAUCACAAUCAUUCGCAAUUUAUUGAUUGUCUUAACUUCUCCUAUUCAAUUCACGAUCUAUUGCUCAAUGUCCGAGCAAUUUCGGCUCACUGUUCGUCAACUUUUCACCUCAAAGCUCCUCUUUGUAGCACAAGCCCAGGCCACAUUUCAUGGAGGGAAAAGAUAUUCACUCAUUCUUGUCGAUGUCGAAACGAUUGAGGCAAAGAAGAAUGGAGGAAACAAGAAGAAUUCGCGAGCUGUUGUCAGUGUUGAACACCGCGACCCAUCAAAAAAAUCUGAAUACCCGGAAACACUUGCAGAAGAGAAACGAAAAGGUGGCCGAGUCGGUCGCCAAGUUUCGUUCAAAGACCGACCAUUUGUCAAGCAUCGAGAAUAUAAAGAUAAAACAAUUGUACUAAAUGGGAAUUCUGAUAAAAAUUCGCUAAAGAAAGAGUCACCACUAGUUUAUCGACGACUUUCCACAGUGAUCCAAGAGCCGCCUGAGAGCCCAGAUACAAAAACUACGUGUGUGUUGUCCGAUCGAGCAUCUCUACUGAGCGAACCGACGUUGAGUAGUAAUUUGUCGUCGGAGAGAACAAAUGGAGAGCCAGUUGAAAUGAAAUCUAUUCAAGUUGGGCUCAAAGAUUGCAUAAAAAACGAUGAUGGCAGUGAGCAAAUCGAUAUU